CAGGAUGCGGAGCCUCAAGCACCUGAAGCCUCAUAGCAGGAGGAGUGCGGAGGAGAAGACACAGCGGGCAGUCCAAUGCCCGUCUGAGGUCAUGCGUGGGCGCGCGGAGGUGGGCACUCAGACGGAGCCAGUGGUGGUGCUGUCGCUGGCACAGGCAGCCGUGCUGGGCCUCAUCUCACAGAACGAGGUUUUCGGAGCCACCAUCGCCCCCAACGGCUUUUACACGGGCGACCCCAAAGAGUCCCCCGCUCCCCCUCCGAGAGGAUGGACUACGAGUACGCCUGACCAGCUCAUCGGGGCCAACGGAGACUACUUGGGCCAGAAUGGUCUCGUUGAGGACGGACACAUGCCCCCCCACCCCGACUGCGGAGACCGCAGGUGGCACGGACCCCCCCACGAUGGCCCCAAGCCCCCGACGGGCCAUCCCGACCCCUCUGUAUCAGGGGCAGGGGUCAAAGGUGAAGGGUCAUCUGCAGGAUCUGGGCUGCCUUCUUGCGGGCACAUGAUGAGCGGCAUGCCCAUGGGCGACCCGGCCGGAGGGUACCGGCUGGCACACAAAGACCCGCCACCGCCUCCCCCACCGCACGCCGGGUGCCCCGACUGCCUGCGCGAGGCCAAGAGCUCCCACACCCCCACGCCGCAGGGCGACCCGCACCCUCACGCUCACCCGCACGGGCAUCACCCGCACCCGCACGCGCCGCCGCACCCACACCCUCACCCCCAGCCACACACGUCUUCCCGUGACCGGCACGGACCGCCGCCGGGGAAGAGAGGCGUGGGAGGAGCGGCGGGAGCCGGGGGAAGCGCCGGGGACAACAGCGACGACCGAGGAGGAGAGGAGAACGGGAGGAACCGCGGCGGCGGCGCAGGAGGAGACGAGGAAAUAAGCGGCUACUUCCAGCACGGCGAGGUGGGCUACGAGUCCAGCGAGAUGGGCGGCCCCGGCGGAGAGUUUGAGGAGAACAGUCAAGGAAUGUUCUGGAACGACCCGGGCGAGGGUGGAGGAGGAGGAGGAGGCGGCGGUGGAUCGGGAGGAGGGAGUAGCGGAACGGCCGCCCACCAUCACCACCACCACCAUCACCACCACCAUCACUCGGGCCGGCGCAUCGACCGCCUGGACAUCAACAUCCAGAUCAACGAGUCGUACUGCGUGGACGUGGGCGAGGGCCUGCGCCGCUGGAAGUGCCGCAUGUGCGACAAGUCGUACACCUCCAAGUACAACCUGGUGACGCACAUCCUGGGCCACAACGGCAUCAAGCCGCACGCCUGCCCGCACUGCGGCAAGCUCUUCAAGCAGCCCAGCCACCUGCAGACGCACCUGCUCACGCACCAGGGCACGCGGCCGCACAAGUGCACCGUCUGCAAGAAGGCCUUCACGCAGACCAGCCACCUGAAGCGCCACAUGCUCCAGCACAGCGACGUCAAGCCGUACAGCUGCCGCUUCUGCCGCCGCGGCUUCGCCUACCCCAGCGAGCUGCGCGCGCACGAGGCCAAGCACGAGCGUGGACGCUGCCACGUGUGCUCGCAGUGCGGCAUGGAGUUCCCCACCUACGCCCACCUGAAGCGCCACCAGGCCAGCCACCAGGGGCCGCACGCCUUCCAGUGCGGCCAGUGCCACAAGUCGUUCCCCUACCGCAGCCAGCUGCAGAGCCACAUGCUCAAGCACCAGCCGGGCCGCUCCUACGCCUGCUCGCAGUGCGGCCUGCAGUUCCAGCAGCUCUACCUGCUGCGCCAGCAUGCCUUCACACACAAGGGGAGCACGCCCAGCACGCCCAGGGUCAAGGGCCGUAAGGGCUUUAAAUGCGACGUGUGCGCCCGUGAGUUUACGCUGUCAGCCAACCUGAAGCGCCACAUGCUGAUCCACGGCAGCGUCCGGCCCUUCCAGUGCCACGUCUGCUUCAAGUCCUUCGUCCAGAAGCAGACCCUCAAGACCCACAUGAUCGUGCAUCUGCCCGUCAAACCCUUCAAGUGCAAGGUGUGUGGGAAGUCCUUCAACCGAAUGUACAACCUGCUGGGCCACAUGCAUCUGCACGCGGGCAGUAAGCCCUUCAAGUGCCCUUACUGCUCCAGCAAGUUCAACCUCAAGGGCAACCUCAGCCGCCACAUGAAGGUCAAACAUGGCAUGGACGUUUCUCCAGAUGGCCACGACGCCCCACCAGAGCUGGAGCCCCAGGAGGACUAUGAGGAGGAGAACUUUGACUUUGCUCCUCCUGAGAACAUGGAGAACAGCGACGCACCCAACCUCACCAAGCUGUCGGAGGUGGCCAUCCAGGAGCUGGACUACUACAACUUUGGCAAAGACGUGGGGAACUUCAACUCAGCCUGAGAGCAGAAGAACUGCCCCCCACCCUACCCACACAACUCUGCCCCUGCCCCAUCCACACACCCCCACCCACCCCCCGCGUUCUUGACCUUUACUACGCAGCACUCUCACACACACACACACACACACACACACACACACACACACACACACACACACACACACACACACACACACACACACACACAAACACACAUAAACACACACACACACAUAAACAUGUGGAUGAACACAUGAACCUGCCGCCAGCAUUGGCGCUUACUGACCCUGUGUAAGCCAGAACUCAACCCCAGGGAAUUAUAGUGGAGGCUGUGGAGGGCAGCCAUCUUUGCUUUGUUUCCUCAAUGCGCUGCCAUUGUGGCUCUGUUUCUGCUGAGGGACUAUGAGUCUGGAGAAACACCUUCACCCACAUGACUUCCUGUUUCCUGCUCAAGCAAUGAUGGACCCUCUGAAGGUGAACAGCGCUGAGACUGUUUCAAACUGCAGUUACACACACAGGAAGUCCUGUCCUAGUUUGAUGUUCCUGCAACAUCUAAAAGAAAAAAAGAACAUGCAUUUGCAUUGUGGUCAUAUUAGAAGUCAAAUAUUUAAAGGACUGUUUUCCAUCUGCCAUAAUCCACCCGUCAUGUUACUUUGGUGAGAAUGCAUGUGAAAAAUGGUGUAAAUGCGAAGUAUGAAGUGAACAACUGUUUGUGUGUAUGUGUGAAGAAUGGUGUGUGUGUGAUUGUGUGUGUGUGUGUGUCUGUGUGUGAAGGAUGGUGUGUGUAUGUGUGUGAAGGAUGUGUUUGCCGUUUACCCCCCUUUACCAAAGCUCUUGCUGUAAGCCAGAACAUACAACACCUUACCCCGAUCAGUAACCCAUCGCCCCCAAAUACCCAUGACAACAACCCAAAACAAGCAACUACACCUAACCCGUGCCCUGGGACCUUGCGUUGUCGGGUCUAAAGCCUACUGGUUUAGUACUGUGAGAUAUCUUGGUUUAUAAAAAAAAAACUGUGUACUUAACAUUAGUUCUCAGUGUAGUCAUUUAGCUCUUCAUGGACUAACUUUCAUUGUUGGCAAGAACUUGUGAUCCUUCUCCAUUCCCUCUCUGGUAUCUGCUUUGUUCGAUUGCUGAAGUUGUUCUAGAAAGUUCAAAAGUUCUGAUGAAACCUGUUGAUGUUCGGUUUUUGGUCACCCGAGAGACUGCAAUCUCAAAUCAGAGUCCAGUUAGAAGAGAUUACAGUUCCUUGUUACUGAAUGCUAUUUAUUUUGCACUUUUUGAUGGAAACACACUUAAAGAAAAGGGGAAGAUGUCUCAAUUCAAGUAUUUAGCCACUAACCUUCCUUUUGGCUGGUUUUCUGGUGAAGCCUUAAACCUAGUCCUGGACUUCAUUUUGUUUAUGAGGGGGAAAAAAAGAGUUUUUUUUUUGUUUUGUUUCUGUUACAGCUUCCAGUAUAGACUAGCACUAGAAUUAGCGGCUAAUGGACUGAAUUGAAUUCACCCACCCUCUCUGUUCUCUCCUGAGAGACAAACUUUACCUUUGACCCUUUUGUGUAAGAGCUCAUCAUUUCAUCGCUACUUCCUGCUCCCAGCUGGCAUCUGCCUGCUCUGUAGAUAGUUAAUGAAGCUUUUUUUUCAUGCUGGUUGCCAGGCAAUUCUGUCCUGUCUUUGGGUGGUAGGAGAGGUGUGUAUGUUUGUUAUUGCAAAAGAUGGAGAGUUGGACAGUAGAGGGAGAGGGAGGCAGGGCAGUCUGUGCAGCUUUGCUCUUUGGGAGAUACAUCAGUCGUUAUUCGAACUCACAAAAUGGAUGGAUGGCUUGUCUUCUCUUUUGGUUCUGAGUAGUGCAACCGACUUUGAAAAUUCACACCUGGUUAUUUAAUAAAGAUUCUCUAGUUCAGA